GAAUGACUCCACUGACGUUCCUCCUACCUCGGUUUAUGUACUUUAAAUGAGGCCACAAAGGUCAGCAAAGCUUUUUCUUCAGCAUCUGUGGUUUUAUUUAGCGGACGGGGAAACAUGGAAAUGUACCGGAUAAGAUGAUAAAAAAGUAGCGUCAAUCAUGUCCUUUCCAACCAAAGAGGAGCGCUCGAAGUGUUGGGGGGCCAGAGACAAAUACUGGGAAUGUCUGGACCAUAAUAAAGUGAAUGAAAAAGAUAGUGCAUGUACAGAAUUUAGGAAAUUGUAUGAACAAUCCUGUUCUGCGCAGUGGGUGACGCAUUUCGACAGGAGACGGAACUACCUCAAGUUUAAAGAGAAGAUUGAAAAAGAUGGAAUUCCAAGUAGACCGGAAAAUGAAACAUCUUUCAAGAAGCCUAGAAGGAUCUACCAAAAGAUACAGCGCCUAUGACAUUCCCACGGCAACGGUGUGCUUCUAAUGUUCAAAUAAUCUGUGAUAAAUUUGUUAUAGAUUUGUUGCAACAAAUAAAAUUGUUUUCUAGUUAUUUUUAAGGUUAAUGUAAGACAUGCAACUUGUCCUGUGGUUUUUAUGCUGAUAAUCCCCCAUGUUUCUCUGACCGCUAAAUCAAACCAGAUGUCUGGAAUACUGUUUACUGUUGAGGCUGAAACAUCGUCGAUAGUAAACAGUAUUUCAAACAUAAUUCAGACGCGUCCAGACAAACAUGGAGAAUCAUUAUUGCACAGGGUUUUGAUUUAGGACAUCUUGUACAAAUAGCAGACAUAGUAUUACAGUCUUUUGGUAAAUCUUUACAUAAUUUGGAGUAAGAAUCGGCCGAUAUGUACAUAUGUAUGUACAAAAAAACGUAGUGUUGUUCACAUAACAGAGGAAAUAAAAAGUACCUAGAUCAACUCGGAUGCCAUUUUGAUAUCAAACAAUAGCAGAGACCUACGAGUAUGCUGGUUGAUGACUAAUUUGAAUGAUAGUGGAAGACGUUAACUAACUGUUCAGAGAAGCGCAAAUACAAAAACUUACUAGCUGAGGAAAAGGAACAAUUCUGAAAACUACGAACGAAGUGAAAAACAAAAACUUAGAUGGAUUAAAUCUCAACCUAAUUAGCAUUUUUAUAGAGGAUAUUCUUGAACUACUGGUUUAUUUAUUGGCUUAAUUUUUACCAUUUCUGUGCCGGCCACAAAGAAGUCACGAAUGGAGAAUCAACUGAAUGC